UAGUUACUUACUAUAACUCUAUCUCCCUUGAACACUCUCUCUCUCUCUCUCUCAUUCAUCAACAUGAACAAGCUCGUUCCACUGUUUUUUGGCCUUCUUGUUAUUCUUCCAACCUUAGUUUUGAGUGAAUGCACCUGUGAUGAAGAAGAUGGAGACCGUAACAAGAGUGAAGCACUCAAAUAUAAGUUGGCCGCCAUAGCUUCCAUCCUGGUGGCCGGUGCAAUCGGCGUCUGUCUUCCGAUUCUCGGAAAGUCUAUACCGGCUUUAAGUCCCGAGAAGGACAUCUUCUUCCUAAUCAAGGCCUUCGCGGCCGGAGUCAUUUUGGCUACGGGUUUCAUACACGUCCUGCCCGACGCCUUCAAUAACUUGACCUCUCCGUGCCUCGCCGACCACCCGUGGGGCGAUUUUCCGUUCACCGGAUUCGUGGCGAUGAUGUCGGCGAUCGGGACACUCAUGGUUGAUGCCUUUGCCACCUCGUACUAUAAGAGGGCUCACUUCAACAACAACAACAAGCCUCAGCCUUUGAAUGGAGAUGAGGAGAAGGUUGGGGAGCAUGCAGGUCACGUGCAUGUUCACACCCAUGCCACUCAUGGCCAUUCUCAUGGCUCCACCACCUCUUUGGCCGAGGAUUCGGCCUCAUCCGAACUCAUUCGACAUCGUGUCAUAUCACAGGUUUUGGAAUUGGGGAUUGUGGUUCACUCAGUUAUCAUUGGAAUUUCAUUGGGUGCUUCUGAAAGUCCAAAAACAAUAAAGCCUCUUGUAGCUGCCCUCACCUUCCAUCAAUUUUUUGAGGGCAUGGGACUUGGUGGAUGUAUCUCUCAGGCAAAAUUCAAGGCUGGAGCUAUAGCAACAAUGGCUUUGUUUUUCUCUCUGACAACCCCGGUUGGAAUAGCGAUUGGGAUUGGAAUUUCAAAUGUUUACAAAGAGAAUAGCCCAACUGCCCUGAUUGUUGAAGGCAUUUUUAACGCUGCGUCGGCUGGGAUCCUGAUAUACAUGUCGCUGGUAGAUCUUCUUGCGGCAGAUUUCAUGAAUCCAAGGAUGCAAAACAGUGGAAGGCUUCAAUUGGGGGCUAAUGCUUUUCUUCUUUUUGGGGCUGGAUGUAUGUCUCUUUUGGCGAAAUGGGCUUAAACCUCAAACUAUGGAAUUUCAAUCUCAUGUUUUUUUUUUUUUUUUUUCCCUUUUUAAUUUAGUUUUUCUCCAAUGUUGUUCCUCAUUACAUUGUAAAAAUAGGAGGCUAAAGAAAGAAAAACAGAACUUUAAAUGGUGAAAAAAAAUCUUGUUUAGUGCA